AUCUUGGCUUAAAGGUCUUGUAACCAAGCAUUAAAUCUUUUAAAAGAAAUGUCAUCACUCAUCAGUCAUCAGUCAUGCCUUUUUAUUUAGAUAUUUUGUGAUAGGUUAUGUUUUCAAUAUUGAACAAAUAAAAUAAAAUAUUGAAUGAAAAAUAUAGGGCACAUAUGCAUUUAUAAUGGUUUUAACGACGCGUUUGUUUGUGGGUAAUCUUCCUGAAAAUGCCAAUGAAAAUGAUUUACGAAGUGCGUUUUCUUCAUAUGGAGAUAUAACUACUGUUGAUAUCAAGUGUAAGGCCGAUGAAGAAAAUAAAAAGAAAUUUGCUUUCAUUACUCUUUCGGCAUCUGAAAAUUAUAUUGAGUCAUGCAUUAAGUAUUUUUCUAAUGAAGAUUUUCUUGGUAAUAGACUGUAUGUGACAAAAGCUCGUGAAAGUUUUUUAGAAAGGUUACAAAGGGAAAGAGAACAAGCACAAGCAAUCAAAAAGCCAGCCACAGUGCCUGCUCAAAAUGAUUUUAACGUAAAUGACCAUGGCUUUGAUCAAAGCAGAAAAAAUAAGAGAAAAUUUAUAAGUGAUGAUGAUUUGCAUAAUGAUAUAAAUUUGCAAAGUAAUAAAAUAACAAAAUCUGAUACAUAUGAAAAAAAUCUUAAGCAGACACUACAGAUAAAUAAUGUCAAUAAUAUAACAGAUAAACCUGGAGAUAAAAAGCAGGAGUCUGAAAAGAAAAGGUUAGAAUCUAUGAAAAGAAAAAGACAAGAAUUUAAGGAAAAGAAAUUGAUCAUAAAAACUGGUCUUACUGGAAUUGAUAAAAUAUCAAACAAGAAGAUAUUAUUUACUGAUGCCGGAGAAGAAAAUGUUUCUGAAAAUGGACCAUCUAAGAGAAAUAAUGGACUCCAGAACAGAAAUAACUUGUUUGAUGAUGAGGAUAGUGAUGAUGGUAUAAAUUUCAAUAUAAAAGAACAAUUUGAAGGCAAAAAAGGACAAAAGGUCCUUGAUUUACAAUCUAGAUAUAAAUCUGACAAACGAUUUGUAUUAGAUCAAAGGUUUGCAGAAGAUUCAGAUGAAGGAAAUGAGGAAGAAUUGGGUGUGAAAAACGUUGAAGAGGAUGAAACUGUUGAGCUAGAACAGGCAGAUGAAAAGAGUAAACAAGUAAAAAUAUUGCAAGAUGUUUUGGGUGUUGCUAUUAGAUCUAAACAUCAAGAAUCAUCCAGCAAAACAAAGGCAAAGCUUGGGAUGUUAAGAUUUGAUCCUUUACAACCUGAUCAUGCAAAAUUCUUAGCACCAGUGGAACCAAAAGAAGAAGUUUCAAAGAAAUCAAAAAAGAAAAAAUCCAAGGACAAGGAAGAAAUUCCAGAACCUCAACCAGUGGUGGAAGUGGAAAAGAUUGAAGUGUCAAAAGAACAAUUUUACGAAGUCAGUGAUGUUUUAAAGGAAGCUAUUGCACAACCAACUUCAUUUAGUUUACGUAGCUUGUUCUCUAAAAGUAAUUCUACUGAAGAAGAAACACCGAAUGAUACAGAUCAAAGCAAAUAUUUAGUGAAAGUUAAAGAUAAAAAAGUAAAACAUCCUUUGGAUCCUGGUGAAAAAAAUCCCUUUGUGUAUGAUUCUUCUGAAUCUGAAGAUGAAGGUGAAUCACUCAAUAAAGAUACAGUUAUACCAGAGAAAGUUGAACAAAAGGCAGUUUGGAGGGAAAAUUUGUUUUUGUCCCUGAAUUUAGAUAAUAGGUUGCAAGAGGGCUUAGAGUUCUUUAAUCAGCCUUUAGAAGGCGAAAUCCCGAAAGAAAGGCGACAAUUGAAAUCCGUUAUGAAAAAGCGACUAUACAAUAAAGAGCGUAAGAACAAAAUGUUCCAGAAAAAGAUUGGUGGACGAAAGAAGACUAUGAAAAAGAAUUAUAAUAAGAAAAAUUGAUUUCUGAAACUAUUUUUAAUAAAACUGAUAAAUUUA